AUGCUGAGGGUCGAGCCAUUGACUUUGAGGUCUGGGUCGACGACCUGCAGCUGUUCUUACAGUGCGAUAGGGCGGACGGUCUUUCCCUCUUUGACCUCACCUCUGGCGCCUCUCCUGCCCCCUGCUACUGAUGCUGACCCCACUGUUCGCUCUCAGUGGGCCACCCGCGAUGCUGCUGCACGUCUUGCUGUGCGUCGCCACCUGCCUACCACUGAGCGCGCGCACUUUAUGGACCACUACCUCUCGGUCUGUCCCACCACUCUCACUGUCGACCUCCUCGAGAAGUCCCUCCUGGCGGCGGAGAAGAGCAUCGUCGCUGUAGGAGCCUCUCGUGGUGACCCUCGCACCCCCAUCUUUGAGGGGUGUUCUCCUUCCCCCCUGCUGCCCUCUGUUGCCUCUGCUGCUGCUGCCGACCUGCUUGGUCUUGAGUCGGUCUGCGCGGCGUCUGCCCCUAGCGGGAGACGCCGCCCUGGCAGGGGCAAGGGGGGCAAGGGCGCGGGUGGAACUGGCGGGGGCGGUGGAGGAGGCGGUGGAGGCGGAGGAGGGAGUGGGGGUGGCGGUGGGAGUGGUGGCUGGGGCGGUGGUGGCGGUGGCAGCAGCGGAGGAGGAGGCGGUGGUGGCGGCAGCGGUGGGAGCGGAGGCAGCGGUGGUGGUGGAGGUGGAGGCAGCGGUGGCGGAGGGGGUGGAGCUGGUCGGGGUGGUGCCCCGCAGCGUAGCGGCCCUGGUGGUGGCCAGCGUCAGCAGCAGCAGCAGCAGCGUUCGCGGGACAUCCCCCCGCCCCAGCAGCUCCGUGAGUGUGAGGAGGGUGACUGUUACCAGUGUUUCCCGCCCGACCCGGGCAUUGGUACUGCUGCGCCAGGUACUUCUGCGGCUGCUGCUCUAGGUGCCAGUGCGUCUGCACUCUCAGGUACUGGUGAGGCUGCGCUCUCAGGUACUGCGUCGGCUUCGGCCUCCCUCACCUUCACACUUGGCUCAGGGGCUUCUCGCUCCUUCUUUCGAGACCGCACCACACUCACGCCGCUUGGCCGGCCGGUUGCAGUCUCCCUGGCUGACCCCUCUGGGGGUCCUGUCCUCUCUCACUUCUCCACUGUCCUCCCGUGUCCGGCUGCCCCCUCGGGCACCUUGUCUGGUCUGUACCUCCCCUCGUUCUCGACGAACUUGGUGAGUGGUGCUGACCUGCAGGAUGCGGGGGUUCACCAGUUUACUCCUGCGAGUCAGCGGGUGACCCACUGCUCGGAUGCCCGCACAGGCCGACACCUGGCCACGUUCUCGCGUCGGCCAGGGUCGAGUCUCUACACACUUACCACUGCGUCUCCUCCUGUCCCUGCGUCUGGCCAGGUAGCUGCGUCGGGUCAGGUGUUUGCUGCUGCGUCCAGGUCUGGUCCUGAGUCUGCCCCCCUGCUCGUGUCGCCGCCUGUCUCACGAGACUCUCCUGUGGCACCACCGUCUUGGCCACCCCUCCUUGCUUCGUCUUCGGGGCAUGGCUUCCCGUGUCCUUGUCUCUGGUCUUCCCCGGUCUCUCCCUCCCCUUCCUUCGGGACCCGGACCUUCUUGUUGGCUCCUCUGCAGACGCUUCACAUGGACGUGUGGGGCCCCGCCCGCGUCCGUGGGCAGGGUCACGAGCGCUACUUCCUGCUGGUGGUUGACGACUACUCGCGUUACACCACAGUCUUCCCCUUGCGCAGCAAGGGUGAUGUCACUGAGGUGUUGAUCGACUGGAUCCGCGCAGCUCGUCUCCAGCUCAGGAGGAGCUUCGGCUCGGACUUUCCUGUUCUGCGUCUGCACUCUGACCGAGGUGGAGAGUUCUCCUCUGGCCUUCUGCGAGCCUACUGUCGUGCACGAGGCAUCCGCCAGACCUUUACGCUUCCGGACUCUCCACAGCAAAAUGGGAUUGCUGAGCGCCGCAUUGGCAUGGUCAUGGACGUCGCUCGUACGUCCAUGAUGCAUGCGGCUGCCCCCCAUUUUCUGUGGCCGUUUGCGGUUCGGUACGCGGCGCAUCAGAUCAACCUUCACCCCAGGGUCUCCCGGCCGGAGACCUCCCCAGCUCUGCUGUGGACGGGGAAGGUCGGCGAUGCGUCUGCGUUCCGUGUCUGGGGAUCUCGGGCGUUUGUCCGCGACUUGUCUGCGGACAAGCUGUCCCCUCGUGCUGCUCCCUGUGUCUUCCUCGGCUUCCCCCCUGACGCUCCAGGGUGGCAGUUCUACCACCCCUCCUCUCGUCGUGUUCUGUCCUCCCAGGACGUCACGUUCGACGAGUCAGUCCCCUUCUACCGCCUCUUCCCCUACCGCACUCCUUCCCUCCCCCCGCCACCGCACUUCCUUGUGCCAG